AUGGGAAGUCAGAAGCGCAUUGCAAAGGAGCUGAGCGAGCUGAUGAAGACGCCGCCGGCAGGCAUCGAGGUCGCGCUGCGCGACGAGGCCGAUCUGUACAGAUGGCGGGUGCAGAUGGCGGGGCCAGACAACUCGCCGUACCGCGGCGGUUCCUUCAGUCUACUGCUCGUGCUGCCGCCGGAGUAUCCCUUCAAGCCGCCGACGGUGUCGUUCGCGACCAAAAUCUACCACCCCAACGUCACGAACGACGACAAGGGCACGAUGUGCCUAGGGAUGCUACGCGCCGACGAGUGGAAGCCGUCGACCAGGCUGCACUCGGUGAUCGAGUUCGCCCGGAACCUACUGGAGGAGCCCAUGCCCGACGACGCCGUGGAGGGCCGCAUCGCCGAGCAGUUCAACAACGAUCGCGAGCUGUUUGACCAGACGGCGCGGGAGUGGACGAAGAAGUAUGCGAAGGAGAGGUGA